AAAGUGUUUCUUCACACAUCAAUAAAUGUAAAAUACAGUUAGCAAUAAAAUUGUUAUUGUUAUUAUUGACCGCCCAAUAUGAAGCGCAGGGGCUUCAAAAUAUUAGUUUUAUAUUAUUAUAUUAAUUUUGUAUUGUGUGAUAUAGAUGAGGAAUAUGCGAGAACAGCACCUCCGAUCACGCCACCGAACUUCGUGGCCUGGCCGAAUGGGUCCGUACCGUUCUUCAUCAAUAGCGAGCAUUUUGACAACGAGCAGACGCUGAUUAUAAUGACGUCUCUCUCCCUCAUCGCGUUCAAGACGUGCCUCAAGUUCGCGCCGGUGAUGGUUCCGCCGGCCAACCACGAGCACGUGCUCACGUUCGAGAACCCGCGCGGCACGAGGAAGUGCGAGAUACACCUGCACGGACACUCGAGUGAUGAGCCGCACAUCGUGACCCUUGGCUACGAUUGCUUAGAAGCCCCGUGGAUGGAUCGCAUCGUGUUGGGAGCCCUAGGGCUCCCCUUCGAGCACAACCGACAGUCCCGGGACAGUUUCAUCGACGUGCAGUUUGAAAAUAUAGAACAACACGCUAUCCCGCUAUUCACCAAAGACAUAGCGCUGCCCGCGGCCCUCCGCGCUCUACCCUAUGACGUCAACAGCGUGAUGCACUUCGGGGACCGGGACUUCAGUAAGAAUGGCCAUCGGACCAUUAUAUUCAAGGAUCGUGACACGAAGCAAAAAUGGGACGGACCGAGCGAACUGGACCUCCGCAAGAUAGAAAUCAUAUACGGCGCAGAGUGCAGGGAGAGAGACCGUCAAGAGAAGAUAGAACUAUGCCACAUGUACCCUGGCGUCCCUCUUGUCAGAAGGAAAAGAUCUGUAGACUUAGAAACCACCAGGAGCUUAAGAGUCAACCCUGAUAUAACUCCUCCGCCGGAAUUAAACAUACCUAAACAAACACAAGACAUUCUGACAAACUUGGACAUUGAAGAUGAUGUCCAAAAGAUAAUCGAAGAGGUAUUUAAGCUGUCAAACAAAGCGUUAAUUAAUACUAGAGGGAAAUACUGCAAUGUGUCCAAAGAUGUCCUAAGAUCGACAGGAGAGCCUGUAGAUAUCCAUGGAAUUAUACAGAUUGUAGCAGACUACGCGCAAAAUAUGGUAGACCAUGCCGUUAGUAAUUUAACAUCCUUCUGCGCCGAGUCAGAAUCAAUAGAAAAAUAUCAAAGACAGGCAUGCGGGGGUUAUUGUCCAAAGAAUUACUAUUCAACUAAAGUGUUUAAGCCAUAUCCCAGCACGAAGAACCGACCGUACAUACCACAGUCUACUAAACAUGUAGGUGGGUUUAAGAAGCGUCCUUAUGACCCGCAGUAUCACUUGAGAGCCCAAGAGGAUGUCAGGGAACAGUCUCAAAAUGACACCAAAGUUGAGCCUCAUGAUAGAAAGAAAAGACAAGCAUUGGACACAGCUUUAAGACGACAAGAGCGACUAGCUGAUACAAAAAAUGACUCCACAAGCUUGAAGGAUGGAGAGGUUAUGAAGCGGUCCAAGCGCGAAGUCACUGAACUGAACAGGGAGGGUAGGAGGGCGCGCAGACAGAAGAGUAAGUCGAACGCAAAUCCCCGAAGAUACUCUGAGGAGAUUGAGGAGGAUGAAACUCAGAGCAGCGAGGAAUGGAAUGAGAGAAAGAAGAAACGGCCGGUGGUUGAUGCGUCUGAAGAAAACCAGUACGAGGGUAAGAAGCCACGUAAGCCAAAGGAUAAUGAAAGAGAACGUACGAAACACCAAAAACCACCGGUGAAGAGAGAUUCUGAAGAGAUAUUUGAAGUAUAUUCUGAUGAUGACGAUGAAACUGAGGAAAAGAGUGACGAAAGAAAUGAUAAAAGGUAUAAGAAGCCAUUAAACGAGGAGGCCAGGGAGUCAACUGAAGAACAUGAUGUAAUAAAACCUAAGCCUGUCAAAAGCCCCAUGAAGACCGUGAUGCUUUCAAAAGAGAACGAGGAGUUUUACAAUCAACGCAAGUGGCCGGACGGCGUCGUGAGAUAUCUGAUAAAUAGGACGAGUACUAAAUUUGACCUCAAAGACCUGCGCCGGCGCCUAGGGAUAGUGAACGCCCUCUUGUCACUGGAAACCUGCGUUCAGAUCGAGGAGAUACGAGAGGGCGACACUAGCAAGCAUGAGGACUACCUGGUGUUGGAUAACAGCCCUGACUUCGUCACGGGCCGGGUCGGCGGGAGGCAGAUAUUCGGCACCCCCGAGUUGCUGGCCGGCGGGCAGCACCGCCAGCACACCGCCAUGAUGGUGAUGGCCAUGCUGGGCUUCUACUUCGAGCUGGCGCGCCACGACCGCGACGAGUACGUGAAGAUCCACCAGCGGCAUAUUAGAGCCGAUAAACUUCACCACUUCGAGAAAAUAAGCGCGGACGCGACGUUGCCGCUGCCCUAUGACUACGAAAGCGCCACACACCCGCCUUGGAUGUACUGGAGGAAGCUUGGCAAAAAGGGAAUCUCUACCGUCGCUACUUAUAAAGAUAAGGACCCAGACGGCAGCAUCAUGAGGAGAUUAGGUCAAAACAAAAAACUGUUAUCGGAGACAGAUAUAAUUAAAAUAAAUAGUGUGUAUGGCGCUAAAUGUAAGGUGGUAGACCCGAAAGUUAAUCAGCCUAAGAGCGAUUGGGACCAAUAA